AUGCUCGUAAUUUAUUUAAGAAUUUCACCAGUUACAACUUUAACGGUUAUUACUUUGUUUUUGAGUACAUUUCUAGCCUAUGUUAAAACAAGUGAAGAUCAAUAUGUAGUAAUAGAUGUAUAUGGUAUGGGAAACAACAUUGUCGUCACCUCUAUGUAUAAUUCAUCAGUACCAGGUCACUAUACAACUUAUAUUAAUGAUCCCUAUGCUACCACACCAUAUGUAACAACAAGCCCAAUUAGUAGGCCUGAGAUAGCUGGUGAUAAUUAUAUAUAUAUAUUUGGAGAAACAAUACAAAUACCCCUUUAUCCUAAUGUUGGAUAUAAACGAAGAAUAACGCCAUUAUUCAAUGUAAGCCUAUGCCAGUCAAUAUGUGUAUCAAAUACUUCUAUAACAGAUCUCUCGUUAUUUUCUGCAAAUGCUGUGGUUUAUACAAGUUCGAGUUCUUUUUUUUCUGUUAAUGUCACAAAUAGUAACAAAUUAUAUAUUAACGAGGAAUUUAUACCAUAUGGAAUAGUUAACUGUUCUAUUUCAACUUUUACUAUAGCCCAAUGGAGCUCUAUAGCCUUCUUAACAUUAUUCAGCCUCUUUUUAGUUUCAUUAUUCAUAUUCGAAGUUACAGAAUAUUUAAGAUAUAGAGCUGAAAUGAAAGAUCCUUUAAUUAUAGGUGGUGAUAUUCGUACAAUAAGUACAAGAAACUUUACAAUGGAGUCUCUUGAAUCAAUUGAACUAUAA